AUGACGAGCGUUUGGCUAGUUCAAUUCUCAACUUUUUACUGUCGCUUUCAAAACAGACCAGGACGCAGGCGGAGAGAGGAACAGGACACCGGGCAGCAUCCUCCAACUACCUCCCCGCUCAAGCGGGCAGCAGCUCUGCACCCACCUUCGCCAGAGGGCCAGGCCGCUUCAGGGAGCGUCAGAAGGCUCUGCGGGCCCCGGGGAGCCUCGGGGCGAGGGCCCCUGCCGCCCACCGCCCGGGACAGGCCACCACCCAGCAGCCCCUCGACGCCUCGGCGGGCCCUUCUUCCCCCACGCCGGGCUCUGCCCCCGAGGCGGCGCGUUCCUUCGCAGGCCGGACGGCGCCCAGCGGGGGCCCCGCCACCGGGCGCGGGCAGCGCAGCUCGGCCGGGCCCGCCGGCCGCUACCCGCUGGGCUUCCGCGCGCCGGAGGGACGGCCGCUGGGCCGGGUCCCCUCGGCGCCCUGCCCUGCCCUCCCCGCUCCGGGGGACGCGCCCGCGGCCCCGGGAAGCCGCCGGCCGCCCGGCCGGCCGCGCCGAGAGGAGCGCCGCGGCGCCGCCGAGAGGAGCGCGGCCCCCGCCCCCGCCGCAGCCCCGCCCCUGCCGCGUCGGCAGCCCCCACACCCGCGGGCGGCGGAGCGCGCGCGCAGCGCCGCCCGCGGGCGGGGCCGCCGGCAAAGGGCAGCGCGCAAGCGCACUGCCACGCCCCCCCCCCGCCUCCUAUCGCCCGGACGGUCCGCGCCGGCCGCCCUCCGCCGGCAGCGCGCAUGCGCGACGCGGCAGGCGGGCGGAGCGUAAGGCUGGGCCGGCGUCGGCACUUGUUCCCGCCCGUUCAGGAGCCGCCGCCGCUUCGUGCUGCUCCUCGCCUGAGGUACCUGACGACGGGCACCAAGGGCCUCCCAGCCCGCGCGGCCUGCAGCAGUGGCGGCCGGCUCCUUUGUACGCGAUUUUAAGCAACACACGCUUUUUAUUUCCUGAAAAUGCAACCCCUUUUUAG